AUGGUGGACUACCAUGCCGACCACACAGCACCCCACUCCCGACUGGGACCACUGGCUCAGACAGGGCCUCGCACGAUGGACCAAGGUCUGCCGCAAACGUCGGGACUGGCGAACUACCAGCCUACGCCUAACACGGAUUCAACAACCUCCAACCGCGAUGAAGUGGCUGCGGGCCUCCCCCACCUUCUGGACAACUGGAUCCCCCCGGCAGAAAAAACAACGCGUCCCAGGCACCUCCACUCAGGCCUUGAAACCGACCGCGAAAAUGUCUCUAUUUCGUCCGCGACUGGCUACUCCAGGACAUGGACCGACCUGACGAAGUUGCACAAGCCUUCCAAUCCUCUGCGGGCACUACCUGGGACACCUACCACUACGAUGAAGACAUGCAAGCCCGCUGCGACAGCAGCCUCCGCACCCGCGUAUCCCCAGGAUAUGGGGGCGUCUCCCAGGAACUCUGGAUCGCUGCCCCUGCAUGCAUACGAGCAAGGGAACGGGUGA